CCGCCACAGCAGAUGGACUCUCUCCAUUCUUCUUGUUGUCUGUCAUUUCGUGUAAAUUUACGAGAAGCUGUUCCCAGGAUGUUUUUCAGCUCUAACAGAGAUUAGGCCACGACUUUGAGGCGAAUCUAGCAGCGUUCACGCACACGUGGAGCGGAUCUACACGGUACCCGCAGGUGGAGGAAAACGAGAAGCCGGAGCGUGUGCCCUAAAACUCGACUCAACAGACAUUCAACAGAGUACAACCAAACGCGUGUCCCAUGAUUCCUGAGAAUGGGUGACGGGGUCCAGAUUGGAGAGAACAAAUUUAUUAGCAAAUCUACCAUUCUUUCCCAUCUAAAAACCUACAACCUGUACUAUGAAGGGCAGAACCUGCAGCUCCGGCACAGAGAGGCAAAGGGGGAGCUUAUUGUGGAGGGCUUGCUGAACAUUUUCUGGGGCCUGCGUCGUCCAAUCAGACUCCAGAUGCAGGACGACCAUGAGAGGCUUCGCCCACCCCCCUCCUCUACAUCCUGGCACUCAGGCUGCACUCUGGAUGGUCAGGGAGUACCACAAAGCACAGAGGGCCAGCAGUCUGCACAACCCAGCCCGCCAACAGUAGAGGUGACCCCACCCCCCGACACCCACCCAGACGACAACGGCAUUAAUGAGGACCAAGCUGAAGAUGAUGGUGACUACAGCUCUCAGCUCCUCAGGACAAAGAGUGACGCUGGAGUCUUGAGGCGUUGUCAGCGACGAUCGCCCAGUGACCAGAGGAAGAUCAGGAGACAUCGCUUCUCUAUUAACGGACACUUCUAUAACCACAAGACUGCGGUCUUCACACCAGCGUAUGGCUCUGUCACAAACGUCAGAAUCAACAGCUGUAUGACGACGCCUCAGGUCCUACGAGUUCUGCUCAACAAAUUUAAAAUAGAAAAUAGCCCAGAUGACUUUGCCCUUUACCUUGUUCAUACCAGUGGAGAGCGCAUGAAGCUUAAACGCAGUGACUACCCCCUCCUGCUGCGAGUGAUGCAGGGGCCCUGUGAGCUGGUCUGUAAAGUGUUUCUCAUGGAGGCUGACCUGGGAGAAGAGGUCACGUAUGAUGUGGCGCAGUAUAUCAAGUUUGAGAUGCCGGUCCUGCAGAGUUUUAUCACUAAACUAAAGGAGGAAGAGGACAGGGAAGUACAAAAACUCAGAAGAAGGUAUAAUUAUCUUCGUUGUAUCAUUGAGAAGCAGCUCAAUUGUAUUCCAGAGGGGGCCACGUGCAUGUAACCUCUGUUGUCAUUCCUCCGUUCUUCACAUUUUAAUACAGUUUAGAGGAACUGUAUGUAGCCUGCACUAUUACAGUUUCAAAAAGGGUACUACAGUCAUAACAGAACCUGGGUUGCUAGUUCCUUAACCUGCAGAUAGAAGUGGACACAUACAAGUUUUUUUCAUUCUCAGUAUAUGAACAUAUCUUGUUAUACAAUUAGGUCAUGUUUAUGGAGUACAUAAACUAUACAAUUGCUUUAACAAUAUAUAUUUACAGUGUGCAUGUAAAUUUAUUAGAAUCAUUAUAAUUAUCAGCAAUAUUCUACAGGGGCAAAACAAUGAACUUUGAACCUCUUUUAUUGUUUUAUCAUGUAAUUUCCCUAAUGCAGCACAAAACAUCCUUCCUAUGUAUUUAGAUGAGAAUUCAAAUUAGAGCCAUGCAAUGAAAGCACAAUGACCACAGCUUUUUAAAGUGCCUGUAAAGGUUUGUCCUAGAACCAAUUUAAGGUAAAACAUAUACAAAAAUGUUAAUUUAGUCUUCUUUUGUAUAUUAACUUCUUGGGGUAUUUUAAAAGGCAAUACAGUACAAUACGUUGUUGACAUUUUUCAGCUGCUAACUGCAAGCCAUCUUCAGAACUGUGUUUAAGCAGAACCCAAGAAGUUAAGGUAAAACAUAACUGCAGCUGCCCUCAACGCAGGGAUUAUAAAAUGUAUCUGGCAUAAUCUUCUUAAAUUAGUCAUAGAACAUUCUAAUUUUGUACAUACUGAUAGUCUUAGAUCACUAGAUUAUCACAUAAAGUUUCAGGAAAUCAACAUAUACAACAAUGAACCUGCCAGUAAGACCAUAACAAUCAAACAGUGAAAAUGUGAAACUAUUUUAGGCAUAUAUAUUUUUAAUAUAUAGAUUAGAUGUAGUACAACCAUUGAACUGUUUGAAUUAGCACAAUUUAAAGCUUUGUUCCACAUGCAGCAUUUUUUUCAAAGCUGUUUGGAUAAUUCUUCAGUAUUUGUAAAACAAAAAAGUGACUGUGUUAUUCUAAGAUACAGUGCAGCACAAAUGUGAGUUAUUUUCAUUAACAUUUUCUGAUAUUUGUAUAGUUGAUAAAAAUGUUCUCUUUCAAAUGGAACAUGUUUUGUACAAUUUAAUAAAAAGGUAUCUUCAGAAAAAAAUGUUUACUCUCUUUCACACAGUCAGGCUGUGUCAGACUGGGAGUGUAAAGUC